GGCCACUUCAGCGAGAGCCAAUCAGUGAACGAAGAAGUUGGGGGGCGCGGAGAGGAUUGCUAAACUUUUUCGAAGGGGCCCGACGGAGCAUCUUGGGUUGAGGUCGGCGGCGUGAUGCAGAAGGAGGACGACGGCGCUCGGCGGGACGAGGCGGUACACUUGCGGCGGCAGAUCGGGCCGGUGGCCGCCGCCUCUUUGAUCCUCGGCACGGUGGUGGGGAGCGGCAUCUUCAUCGCCCCCAAGGGGGUUCUACUGAACAGCGGCAGCGUGGGCCUCUCGCUGGUGGUGUGGGCCCUCUGUGGGCUGCUCUCCUUGUUUGGAGCCUUGUGCUACGCUGAACUGGGCACCACUUUCAGCAAAUCGGGGGGCCACUACACUUAUCUCCUGGAGACCCUGGGGCCACUUCCUGCCUUUUUACGCCUGUGGGCAGAGUUCAUCUUCAUCAGGCCGGCCGUGGCCUCCUACGUGUCGCUAGCUUUCGGACGCUACGUGGUGGAGCCAUUCUUUGCUCCCUGCGAAGCCCCCACGGCUCUCAUCCGAUUGGUCAGCCUGCUGGGAGUGACCUUCGUGGUGGCCGUCAACUGCUGGAGCGUCACCGCCGCCGCUCGCACUCAGGUCACCUUGACCUUCAUCAAGACCUUCGCCCUGGUCCUAAUCAUCGGGGCCGGAGUCACGGCGCUAACCAAAGGCAAGACGGAGAACUUCCAGAAAGGCUUCGAGCUGGAGGCGUUGACGCCGGAGAGGCUGCCGCUGGCCUUUUACAACGGCCUGUACGCAUACGGAGGAUGGUUUUAUCUCAACAUGGUGACGGAGGAAAUCAUCAACCCAAACAGGACGAUCCCGCUGGCUGUCAUCUGCUCCAUGGUGACGGUGACAGUGCUCUACGUGCUCGUCAACGUGUCCUACUACGCCGUGAUGACGCCUGGGGAGCUGCUGGCGUCUGAAGCCGUGGCUGUGACGUUUGCCAACCGCGCGCUCCAGGCUGUGUCGCCCGUCAUUCCCCUCCUGGUGGCGCUGUCCUGUCUGGGAGCUCUCAACGGGGGCUUCUUAACCGCGCCCAGGAUGCUGUUUGUGGCGGCCAGAGAGGGUCAGUGGCCCCACAUCUUCUCCAUGAUUCACAUCCACCGGCGCACGCCGCUUCCAGCCGUCUUGUUUCUGUACCCAUUGGUGGUGCUGAUGCUGCUCACCGAGGAGAUCCAACACCUCAUCAGCUUGGCCUCCUUUGCACGCUGGUUCUUCAUCGCCUUGGCAACGCUGGGGAUGUUGGUGCACCGCCACCGCUUCCCGCAGCUCCAUCGGCCUUUCAAGGUCCCCCUGGUCAUCGCCAUCACCUUCACCUCGGUGUGCUUCUUCAUCGUGGGCUUGUCGCUGUACUCGGACCCCUGGAACACGGGACUCAGCUGCGUGUUGACGUUGACCGGCGUUCCAGUGUACUACGCCACCGUACGUCGGUCCCGACUGCCGCCCAGAUGGAGACGCUUGCUCAAUAAGUGCAGCAGAAAGAUUCAGAUCCUUCUCCAAGUGGCCCAACAGGAGGUGAAGACCUACUGAGGACAAAGGCCAACCUGCCGCCCAACCCAUCAAGUGACAAUUGUCGAAGACAAUAUUUGUCCAGCCUUCCUUUCACCUAAUCCAAAGGCUGAAAUAAAGUUGAGCGCGAAACUUUUUCUUUA